UCAUUUUAAAUUCUGAUGUGUUGUUUGGCCUUAAUACAGUAACUUGCUGCUACAGAAUUUGAAUCAAGAAAACAGCCCUCUGGGGCACACCUAUAGCUUUGUGGAAUUAGUCUUCGAUAAUCUGGGAAUUGAAAACAUCACAGCAAUGUUUACUAAAUUGGACGUUUUUGCAAGGAAAAAUGGUAUGAAUUGARUGGUUUUUCAGCUGGGUACAACAUUAUGGCCUUGACAGUAGCAAGACUGGACAUGAAAUGUAAAGCAGAAAGCAACAUCUAUACAAUGGCAGAUGAUAUCACAGUAAUAACACCAGACCAAUUACAYGUCGAUAAAGUCAUGUCACUCGCAUCUUGUCCAUCAGCUGGAGCUAUUUCCUUGUUUGUUGGAACUACAAGGGACAAUUUUGAAGGAAAAACCGUUGUUCGUCUUGAAUAUGAGGCAUAUAUACCAAUGGCAAGCUCAGAAAUGAGAAAAAUAUGUAAGCAAAUACGUGAAAAAUGGGAUGUCCAUAAAACCGUGAUUUAUCAUCGAAUUGGUGUUGUUCCUAUCGGCGAAGCAAGUGUCAUAAUYGCAAUAUCAUCAUCACAUAGAAAAGAUUCCCUCGAAGCAGUGCAAUACUGUAUCGAUACGUUGAAAGCCACUGUUCCAAUAUGGAAAAAGGAGGUUUAUGAAGAAGGCGAAGCAAAGUGGAAGGAAAACAAGGAAUGUAGCUGGAGAGAAGUGAAGAGUUCCACAGUGUGAYAUUWUUCGUCUUGGACCGAUGAAACGACUUGUAAAUAUUAAAGUUAAUAAAGCUGCCCAUUUGUUUCGUAUACAUUUGUUUCAACAGUGUUUGAAUUAAAGAAAUGAUCAACUUC